UCCAACAACAACAGCUAGUCAGACACCUCGGUAGCUUUCUAGCAAACAUAGCUACAACAUUCACGCUCUUUACUCUGUUUUUGGUGUAUAUUAGUCGCUGUCUAUUAAACACACUUCUGUCGUAUGUACUUGUUGGCCCAUUUAAUUAUAUGUUUUCGUUGUUUGUCAGCUAGCUGGUUUGCUAAGUUAUCUUAGAACUAAGCUAGUCGCUAAUGCUAGCUAGCUAACAUCCCCGACCAUGAGUUCACUAAGCUACUCUCCUCCUGAUAAAGAAGAGGUCUGCUGGACGGAGAAAGAAGCUCUCGUCAAAGAGGAGGAGGAAGAGAAGGAUGUUACAAUACAAAAAGAAUUAGAGGGUGAGGCUGUUACCGUGAAAGAAGAAGAGAAAGACGUUUCAGUGAAAGAAGAGGAAGACGCGUUCAGAGUGAAAGAGGAGGAGGAUGUUACAGUAAAAGAAGAGGAGGAAGAGAAAGAGGCGGAGGAUGCAGUUUAUGGCGUGAAAGAGAAGGGGGAGAUGACUGUCACAUUGGAGGAAGAAGAGGAGGUUGGAGAUCUGUUUAACACCAGAGAGAUACGGGACUAUCGUGGAUCCUCUGGGGAGCCUCAACAACCUCAUGAUGCUGAAGAGGCAGAGAUGAGUCUCUCCAGAUCAGAACACCUCAAUAAACACCUGCAGAGAUCCACAGGGAAGAGACCUCACUGCUGCUCUGACUGUGGGAAGAGAUUCACCUCCUCAUCAGGCAUUAAAAUUCAUCAGAGAAUCCACACAGGAGAGAAACCUUAUAGCUGUGGUCAAUGUGGAAAGAGGUUUACUCAGUCAACAGGCCUGAUAUCACACCAGAGAAUACACACAGGAGAUAAACCAUAUAGCUGUGAUCAAUGUGGGAAGAGUUUUACUACAUCUAGCACUCUGACUUUACACCAGAGAAUACACACAGGAGAGAAACCUUAUAGCUGUGGUCAAUGUGGGAAGAAGUUUACUCAGUCAACCGGCCUGAUAUCACACCAGAGAAUACACACAGGAGAUAAAUCUUAUUGCUGUGAUCAAUGUGCGAAGAGUUUUACAACAUCUGUCUCUCUGACUUUACACCAGAGAAUACACACAGGAGAGAAACCUUAUAGCUGUGGUCAAUGUGGGAAGAGUUUUGGUCAAUCUGGCAAUCUGACAGUGCACCAGAGAAUACACACAGGAAAUAAACCUUAUAGCUGUGAUCAAUGUGGGAAGAGGUUUACCACAUCUGUCUCUCUGACAGUGCACCAGAGAAUACACACAGGAGAGAAAUCUUAUAGCUGUGGUCAAUGUGGGAAGAGUUUUGGUCAAUCUGGCAAUCUGACAGUGCACCAGAGAAUACACACAGGAGAGAAACCUUAUAGCUGUGAUCAAUGUGGGAAGAGUUUUACUACAUCUGGCUCUCUGACUUUACACCAGAGAAUACACACAGGAGAGAAACCAUAUAGCUGUGAUCAAUGUGGGAAGAGUUUUACUACAUCUGGCUCUCUGACUUUACACCAGAGAAUACACACAGGAGAGAAACCGUAUAGCUGUGAUCAAUGUGGGAAGAGUUUUACUACAUCUGGCUCUCUGACAGUGCACCAGAGAACACACACAGGAGAGAAAUAUUGUAACUUAUAACUGUUGUCAAUGUGGGAAGAGUUUUACUACAUCUAGCCAGCUGACUUCACACACAGGAGAGACAUCUCUUAAUUAUAAUCAAUGUGGUAAGAGAGACACUGAUAAAAGAUAUCUGAUUAAACAUCAGAAAAUA